UAUUUUUUAUGCUUUUGAUUUUAAUUACUUUAUUAUUUAUUUCUAUCCCUUUUCCUGUAAACCCUUCAAAAGAGGUUUUUGCUGAGAAUCUAUUUGUUAGUCCUUUAAAUAAUGGUGAUAUAAUUACAAUUUUUAAUUUUACAUUAUCUCAACAAAAUAAUGAAGGUUUUAUUUUAAUUUUUAAUUUAAAGUUAUUAAAUUUAUUAGACAAUUCAAUUUACAUGCCUUGGCUUUUUCUUCACCUUUUUGAACAAUUUUUUCUAGAAAAUUUUAAAUUGACAAUUUCUCAAGGAUUUUGGCGAACGAAUUUGUGGGGCUAUCAACAUGUAAAUACUGGAGUGGCUAGUGGAACUGAAUUAUCUGUUAAAUUUUUUGACAAAACAAAAAAGUAUAUUUUUUAGGUAAAAUUUAGAAAAAUCAUUUUUAGUACAUAUCAAAAAUGGCAUGAUUUUAUACAUUUAAUUAAUGGACUAUUUUGUACCUCAAUUUUGGGACUUUUACCACAAUUCAGUGUUCAACCAAAAUUUAAUGAUGGUUGGUGGUAUGGGUCGCUUGGAGGGGAAUCUGUCUGUACUGAGAAUUUACAAUCGUGGAAAAGGUUACUUCCUUGUAAAAAGGUAAAUUUUUUUCUA